AUGAACCGUCGCCAGCGCCGCGCAUUAGUGGCCAAGGAGUCUCCUUCCGCUGAGCUCUCUUCUGCGGCAGAGAUCCCCAUGGAGCGGCCGCGGUCAUCAGACUCCGAGUCCAACAAACCAAAAGCCAAGACGCUGUAUGAGAUCGCCGCAGAACGACAAGCAGAGCUCGCUCCUCAUGGACAACCUUUUCUCGAUGAGACGGAACGAAAUGAUGCUUCAACAAUCUCAAACACAACCAAACUCGUCACCCUAUCUCCAGACGGCAAGAUCUCCGAAACACCAUCAUCAAAAGCCGAGGCCACCGCUUCUACACUAGACACUUCCUCUGAACCACUCCCACCCCUCCUCGACACUCUCCUCCUUUCCUUCCCCUUCACCUGCCUUCACUUCACCCUCUCCUUCCUAACAUUCCACCAAUACGCCCAACCUGACCUCCACUCCAUACCCACACUCCUCAAGCAAUCCAUCUUCGUCGCACUUCCCACGCUCACCCUCCUCAUCCACUUAGCCCAUGGCCAUGCCUUGCCCUUCCCGCACCUCUCACAGCGAGCACGCUUUGCGACAAAGAUCGCACAGCAAAUCGCAUUCAUCAUCACAGCAAACAUAGCGGGCUGUUACCUUAUCUACCUGACCAACGAUCGAGGCUACUACGCCGUGAUGAAGCGGGCGCCCGCUAUUGGGACGCUAUGGAUAUGGUGUAUUAUCGAGUUGGGUCUGGUGGGUGCCCUAGCGGGGGUGGUAGGUCCAGGAGUCUUCGCGUGGUGGAAUGGAUAUGGUGUAUUUUGA